AAGAGGCACAAAAAUUUCUAAAUUUUUAUUUUUUUUUACAUAAAUAGAAAAACUUCUGAGAGUGUAAAAAAUAUGCAGAUAGCAAAAAGUGUAAAAAAUCACAUUAAGUUCAACUUUUUUACUGCUUUUGUUUAACGAGUUAAUUAAAAAGAAAGUAAAAUUUAAGUUUAUGACAAGAUUUUAUCGAAGUCGAUGUGAAACGUGCAAGAAAAGCUCCUCUAAAAAAAAUAAAAAAGUUAAUUUUCAAUCAAAAUAAUUGACGAAAAAUAAGGAAAAUUCAAUUUUUGUCGAAAAUUGUGAAGAAAAAAGGCCGAAAAGGAGCAAAGCAGAAAAAGAAAGUGAAAAAUUUUAUUGAUUUUCCCGAGUUAAACGAGCUUACACACGAAAAAAAAGUUUAUUACGUCAAUACUUUAGUCAGCUGAACAUUUUUUGUGAUAAGAAAUUAUCAGUGAACUCGAUGUAAAUAAUUUUUAACGAAGGAAAAACCCGAGAAAAAGACAAAAAAUCAACAGAAAGGCAAUGCAAAUAUCAUGUUUGAGCCUCGUCAGGCUUUUAGUGUUCGUUUGCUGUUUCCUGCACACCACAAAAUCUUCCAAUGUGUUCACGAGUUCGUUCCUUGUGCGAUUCCGGCGAUCUGUGGAUAGUCAAAUUGCGCACGACGUCGCUCAUCGGAACGGCUUCGUCAAUCUUGGAGAGUUACCUGGAAGCGAAGGCACGGAAUAUCACUUUAGACAUAAAUCAUUGCCGCAUGUGAGAUCAAGACGGAGCAUCCCACACACACGAGUGCUGAAAAAGGAACCAUUGAUUCACACAGCGGUUCAGCAGCCUGGCUUCAAACGUGUCAAGCGUGGUUUCCGUUUGCCCUUGUUAAAACCGAGUCUCCCGGAUCCCGAUACGACAUCAGCUACCUUCGGAAAAGCCCCAACCGAUCCGUAUUUCCCGCUGCAAUGGUAUUUGCGAAAUACGGGACAGAAUGGCGGCAAAGUGCGCUUGGAUUUGAACGUGCAAGCGGCAUGGGAUCAAGGCUACACAGGCAAGAACAUCACGACGGCGAUAAUGGAUGACGGCGUGGAUUACAUGCAUCCUGACUUGAAGUACAACUAUAAUGCCGAGGCAAGUUAUGACUUCAGUAGCAACGAUCCUUAUCCAUAUCCAAGAUACACGGAUGAUUGGUUCAACAGUCACGGAACUCGAUGCGCCGGCGAAGUUUCCGCUGCUCGCGAUAACGGAGUUUGUGGGGUUGGCGUUGCUUAUGAUUCGAAAAUUGCCGGGAUUCGGAUGUUGGAUCAACCGUACAUGACAGAUUUGAUCGAAGCGAAUAGCAUGGGGCACGAACCGCACAAAAUUCACAUCUACAGUGCUUCGUGGGGACCCACAGAUGACGGCAAAACUGUCGAUGGGCCUCGUAAUGCGACGAUGCGGGCAAUUGUUCAAGGCGUGAAUGAGGGAAGGAAUGGGAGCGGAAAUAUUUAUGUUUGGGCAUCGGGCGAUGGAGGCGAAGAAGAUGACUGUAAUUGUGACGGGUAUGCGGCUUCGAUGUGGACAAUUUCGAUCAAUAGUGCAAUAAAUGACGGGCAAAAUGCGCAUUAUGAUGAAAGUUGCAGUUCGACGUUGGCGAGUACGUUCAGUAAUGGCGCCAAGGAUCCAAAUACGGGAGUUGCGACGACAGAUUUGUACGGAAAAUGCACAACGACGCAUUCGGGAACGUCAGCAGCGGCUCCAGAAGCGGCGGGAGUGUUUGCUCUCGCGUUGGAAGCAAAUCCUUCUCUUACAUGGCGCGACGUUCAACAUUUGACAGUCUUGACAUCCAAACGCAACUCCUUGUUCGACGCAAAAAAUCGUUUCCAUUGGACCAUGAAUGGAGUUGGCUUAGAAUUCAAUCAUCUUUUCGGAUUUGGCGUUUUAGAUGCCGGAGCGAUGGUAACUCUCGCUAAAAACUGGCAAAAUGUUCCCGCACGUUAUCAUUGCGAAGCCGGAGGCAUUUACAAAACUCAUCCAAUUCCGUCGUCAAAAUCCCUCAUUUUGAAGAUAAAAACUGACGCAUGUCACGGCACAGAAACCGAAUUGCGAUAUUUGGAGCAUGUUCAAGCCGUUAUUACCACAAAUGCGACACGACGAGGCGAUUUGGAAUUUUUCUUGACGUCUCCGAUGGGAACGAGAUCAAUGAUUUUAAGUCGACGCGCAAAUGACGACGAUCAUCGCGAUGGUUUCACAAAAUGGCCCUUCAUGACAACACACACAUGGGGCGAAUAUCCGCAAGGCGUUUGGACACUCGAAGUAAAAUUCAACUCACAAGAACCCCAAACGGGCUGGCUAAAAGAAUGGUCUUUGGUACUUCACGGCACACGAGAUCCUCCGUACAGAACAUUGUCGCCAGCUUCGCCUCAUUCAAAGUUAGCAAUAGUGAAGAAAGCUCAUGAGGAUCGAGAUAAAAUGUAAAUUUCUCAAAAAAAAAUUUAAUUUUUUCACUUAAAAUUUAAUUUAAUGAUUUAAAAUUUAUAAAAAAAAAAACAAAUUAUGAGACCAAAUUCAGUCAAUGACAGAAAAAAAAUGAAAAAUCAACAUGUUUCGAAGCCAAUUACGACAUUAGGUCACAGAAAACAACAACAAAAUAGACAAAAAAUGUACUUUGUGAUGUUUUACAAACAAAAAUAAUAUAUAUGAAUGUCGUGAGAGACACAAAAAUCCUUGGUAUUUAGCGAUACAUUUUGCACUAAUGUAUAACUUUCAUUAAAAAUGUAGAUUUUCGAUCCAAAAAUUAUAUAUUUAACAUAAAAACAAUCAUUUUCCUCUAAAAUAAUUAUCUUUUUUCUACAUUUUUAACGCACAUUCAGCCGUUCCAUAAAUAUUAUUA